CUAAUUAAGACAAAGCACAGCAGCAACAGCAUUUCAAUGGAGGAUAUUCCCAGAAAAUAACGGUGUAGCCGGUGAUAUCGAUAAUUAUACAAGUAGUGUAUUUGUCCGUAUGUAAGAGCGAGGCACAGAGCAAGAUGCUUGAGAGGAUUUAUGCUGAGCUGAAGAUAUCCGGAGGACAACUCUGCGUAUAUCGAAUGUAGAAAGAAUGAGCACAUUUGUGACGCUGGCGGAGGUGCUGGAGUCACGGGGAACUCCUCUGGAGGAGGACGAGGUCUGGGCUCUCCUCCUCGGUGCUGCAGAAACCUUGAUCUCCAUCUCCAGUAAAGAUCCUGGUAACAUGUGCUGCGUCAUCAGUCCCGGCUCCAUGCUCCUUUCUGCAGUCGGCAGUAUUGCCUUCAAGAGCUGCGGCCGAUCUGAGGACAUGGGCUCAUUCGCUUCCCCGGAAAUGUCACAGAGCAGCAUUUCCUUCAGCAGACAGGCCACGGAGAAGAUGGUGGUUUACUCACUAGGCAUGACUCUCUAUUGGACAGUAGAUUAUCAUCUUCCACAAAAUCAGCCCAUCCGGCUCAGCGACAGCCUGAACAGUCUUUUACUGAGCAUGUGCGAGGAUGUGGCUCACAAACGGGUGAAAUUGCUGACAGUGCUGGAGACGUGUGAACAACACCAUAAGACCACCGUCCUGCCCCGGCCACAGAAAGCCAUCAGACAGAUGGCAGAGGAUGUUCUGCAGGCUGAAAGAAACCCAAAUGAUUCUGCUCAUCUUACAGACCGAAGCCAGAUGGUUAGAGAAAGACUUCGAGGUGCUUCCCGUCAGAACUCUGUCUGGCCAUUUAAAGGGAACAGCACACCGUCACCAGCAGACUUCAGCAGAAGUCAUAGUUCACACCAAAGGAGCAGAAACAUGACAUGGCUGAGCCAAAGUCCUGUUCCUGACAGACGGCGCCACUUCAGCUCAAGGUCAAAUCAGCUGUUUGGCUCUUCAUUUAGCCUUAACGAACGGAAAAUAAAGGAUGCAGGCCCAGAGUUCAUCCAAAUGCUGGAGGAGCCUCUGGUGGAUUUAGAGCUGCCUAAUUCUAUUGUGUCAAACAAAGGGAGGUCACCAUCAAACCAAAGGGACUUGACAGUGAUGAUGCCAAACGGACAGAACAUUCUGCUCAAGUGUGACGUCAAGUCCCGAGGAGCCGACGUCUUUGAUAUGAUCGUCGCUCAUGCAAACCUCGUGGAACACUUUUACUUUGGCCUUGCAUAUAGUGAUGAUAAUGAAUUUCUCUUUCUUGACAAUGACACAAAAAUAUCCAAAGUUGCCCCUGGCACCUGGAAAAAAGUGCCCUCUGCCACAUUUGUGCUUCAUUUCCGCAUCAGAUAUUUUGUGAAUGACGUCUCUGUUCUCCUACACAAGCUGACCCGUCAUCAGUACUAUCUCCAGCUGAGACGGGACAUUCUGGACGAUCGUCUGCCCUGUAAUGAGGAGACCUGCUUGUUUCUUGGUGCCUUGGCUCUUCAAGCCGAGUUUGGGGACAGUGUGCCUGAGGUCUGGGGGAAGAACUACUAUCAGCCUGAGCAUUACGUUUCCAAGAGUGUUUUACAGAAAAUGGCAAUGCCUUGCCUGAAAGAAGAGUUGCUACAGUUACACGCCAGCAAUGCAAACAUGAGUGCAGAGGAGGCCGAGCUGGAGUUUCUCAAGAGCAUCCAGCAGCUUCCGGAGUACGGUGUGCUGUUUCACCGCGCGGCCCGUGAGAAGAAGCCCGUGUUCGGAGAGCUGCUGCUGGGAGUGUGUGCCAAAGGAGUCAUUGUGUAUGAAGUUAUUAAUAACUCCCGAACCGCAAGCCUUAGAUUCUACUGGAGAGAGACGACCAAUAUCACCUCAGCUCGACAUAAAUUCAUCAUUGAGAGCAGCACCAGCAAAAAGAAGCACAUCUUUCUGACCGAAAAGUCAAAAGUUGCCAAAUACCUGUGCGACCUCUGCUCUGCACAGCACAAGUUUCACAAGGAGAUGAGCUCCCGCCAGCUCACACGCAGCCUCGCUUCAGAGGAGAGUAUGGUGCAGUAUGCAGCCGUGUGCAGGACUCAGAACGACGAGCACAACGGCGGACGCCUCGACGCCUCCAUGAGCAGAUUCUGUGAGGACGUCGCUUCCCGCAUCGAAGCAAAGAUCAAACAACAAAGAGACUUUCUAGACCACACAGGAUCUCAAAGUCCAGCGUUUCAGAGAAGCUCUUGUAGCAUAUAUCAAAACAUUAUUUAUCGACAUAAAUUCAUCAUUGAGAGCAGCACCAGCAAAAAGAAGCACAUCUUUCUGACCGAAAAGUCAAAAGUUGCCAAAUACCUGUGCGACCUCUGCUCUGCACAGCACAAGUUUCACAAGGAGAUGAGCUCCCGCCAGCUCACACGCAGCCUCGCUUCAGAGGAGAGUAUGGUGCAGUAUGCAGCCGUGUGCAGGACUCAGAACGACGAGCACAACGGCGGACGCCUCGACGCCUCCAUGAGCAGAUUCUGUGAGGACGUCGCUUCCCGCAUCGAAGCAAAGAUCAAACAACAAAGAGACUUUCUAGACCACACAGGUUUAAUUGGGAAACAGCACAAUGCAAUGUGUCCUUUUUUCAUAGAUACUCCAACAAGUGUACGAUCUCCAGAGAGGGAAAUAAUCUGCGUUUCCCUUAAAAAGGAUCCCAAAGUUGGCCUUGGUAUUGUAAUUGUCGGAGAAGACAAUGCUGGGAAAAUGGACCUCGGGAUCUUCAUCGCAUCCAUAGUACCUGGAGGCCCAGCUGACCGAGAUGGACACAUCAAACCAGGUGGUCGACUGAUCUCUCUGAACCAGCUCAGUCUGGAGGGCGUGUCCUUCAGCGAGGCCGCUGACAUCAUGCAGAGCAGCUCCAGUGAGGUGGAGCUCAUCGUCUCACAGCCAAAAGACAAUAAUGGUGAUGCAGCCACGACGCAAAGCAGGAACUACUUCAGCUGGGGAGGAGUGAACACAGGUCUCCGUUAUGGAGGUAUUUACAUCAAGAGUCUGGUCCCUGGUGGAGCGGCUGAACAAGACGGACGUAUCCAGACAGGAUGUGUGAAUGCACAGGGAGGAGUGAACACAGGUCUCCGUUAUGGAGGUAUUUACAUCAAGAGUCUGGUCCCUGGUGGAGCGGCUGAACAAGACGGACGUAUCCAGACAGGGGACAGACUGCUGGAAGUGGACGGCACCAGACUGCAGGGAUUCACAGAUCAGCAGGCGGCUGAAUGUUUGGCAAGAACAGGAGAGGUGGUGAGUCUGGUGCUGGAGCGGGACGGAGGCUCUGUGCUGCAGCGAGACCCUGUAAACGCACUCACCAUCCGCACACCUAGUCCUGCAGAGACACCGAUGAGGAACAGCUGCCCUGCCAUCACCAUGACCAGACCCUUCGGCCUCAAGUCCAGAGACUACAGCUUCGUGUCGCACGAUAACAUUCAGGAGGUGACUCUUAAGAAGAGACUGAACGGUCUGGGCUUCAGCUUCUUCAUCACAGAGCUGGACACGUCUCUCGACUCCGGCUCCAUCGUGCGAAUCAGAAAACUGUUCCCAGGUCAGCCUGCAGAGGAGAGCGGCAAGAUUCGGGAAGGAGACGUCAUUCUGUCCAUUAACGGAGAGCCACUCAAGGGCUUGUCCUAUCAGCAAGUGCUGCAGUUACUGAGGAAUUCUCCUUCAGAGGUGCAGCUGCUUCUCUGCCGUCCUGCUCAAGGUAUCGAGAGAAUGACCAACACGGACAAUAGAUUUAAUAUCAUGUCAUUUGGAAAUGUUGAUUAAUUUGCCUUCUUUAAAAGUCUAA